AUGGGUCCAUCACUUAAUAACCAUUCCUCUUUCGUCCGACCGCGAACCAGCGACCGUGACGGUCGUCCAGGCACUCGCGACCAAGGAGACACCAACCUCAUCAUCCCCAGCAGAACAUCUUCUCUGCACUCUCGCAUCACCCAACCAAUUCCUUCUACAUUGGCUGUCAAACCUCAACAGCGGACUCCAAAGACCCUUACUCAUGCGUACAUGGUAUGUGGUGUUGGACGAGAGCCGUCGCAAUGGGUAAAGGCACCAGCGCCGGCGCAGGGAAAGAUUGGGCACAUGAAGGGAGCUGUUGGACAAUUUUGGUUGCCGGAGAUUCUUGGAAGCAGCCCUAGAUUGGAGCAAGAUAAUGAGAUUGCUCGGGCUCUCCAUGCUGCAAUGAGGGCCUGUUUCCCCCACGAUGUUGAGAUCUGUACUGGACGCAGCCAACCGCACUGCGUGCACCAUUCUUUCGUCUUGCAACAAGAUUCUUCUCACACUCUUUACGGCAUUGCUCUCCGUGUUUGGUCGAGAGCAGAUGAGAAGCGUGCAGAGACGAUUCGUGAUCUGAGAAGGCGCACCGAAUCCGAUUUCUAUGACUCCCCUGAUGAGACCUACUGGAUCCCGUACUGUCUGUCAUUCCUCUCCAGAUAUCCAUUGUACAACCUUUUGGGUGAUUAUCUGAGGGGUAUGUGGAUCCACUGGAACAAAGCCACAAACCUCUUCCACGCCGAGGAGGUUUCGCGCAUUCUCAGCUUCCCAGCUCCCAGACUCAAUGACCUUGUCCGUAUCGACAUGAAGGAUUAUGCUCUUUGCUAUCAAUUCCCUUCCUCUCCAACUGGUUUCCAGAACUUCGCAAUGUGGCCAUUAUUCUCUUGUCUCUCUAUUCCCAACAUUGUUGGUGUCAUAGAAGCAGCUUUAUCGCCAACUCGGCGUAUUAUCUUUGUUAGUCACUACCCAGCAAUGCUGACGGUGGCUGCUGAGACAAUCCGAUACUGCGUCCGUGUUUACGAAUGGAGUGGUCUCUACGUUCCAGUUGUGCAUGCUAGACAUGCGAAGGAGCUCGUUCAAGAGCCUGGACCAUAUAUUCUUGGUAUUACAGCGGAAUGUCGAUCGCUUUUCACAGCACCCACCGAUGCUCUGGUGGUCGACUUAGACCGAAAUUUUGUCUUGACCUCGAGCCCUCCUACUGCUUUGACCGCCGGUCAGCGCACAAAGAUGGUUAACCGUAUGACUCAAGCUCUGAACGGCGAUGUCACACCAUCUGGUGUCCCACAACAUCUCCGGUCGGCGUAUGGAGGGGGGAAGUUGGUCCCAGCUGGCCAGAUCAUUGUCAUGCGGGGUGAAGUCGAAUCAAUCCAAGACCCAGAAUGGUGGAACCAGGAUGCGAUAAUGGCUGUCAUGGAUCACGUUUGCGAGAAAAUGGGACGGAACACCGGCAUGAAAGCCGUUUUUGGUGGGGCAGUAAAAAAACCACUCAUGACCAAGGUAUCAAUGAGACAUUUGAAUGAGAUUGUUCGAGAACGGAACCAGUACUCCAGGGAUGCACUUGAGGCUUGGCAAGAUUUCAUCAACCUCAAGGGCCGUAUGGACACGGAGCUCGGCAAGGUCACGAAAAGAAACAACUUCCUUGUCGAGGAACUCGAAAGCUGGAAACAGCAAUUCCUCAAAUUCCAGGCAUUUGCAGAGCAGCUCACGAAGGAGACUCAAGAUCUCAAGGUCAAGAUUGAGAAUCAUAAGCGUGAGAACAGACGUCUUACUGGCCUCAUCGACCAACAGAAGGACGAUGCGGCUCGCCUUACCACCCGCCUUUCUGGCACCGAGAAACAACGUGACGAUGCUCUUGAGGCCUUGGUUCUUCAACAAGAGAUUGCUGAAGAGCUUGAGCGUGAGCGGAAACGAAACAAGAAGGAGCUGUCUGCCUUACAACACACCAACAUGACCAUCCUUCGUCAACGUGACGAGGCUCAACGUGUCGUCCUUCACCUCCGCAGCUUGAUCGGCGGCCAAACUCACCACAUGGAGCACAUCGUCCGCUCCCUCAGCAAGGCCCCAGAAUUGUCCGAGUACAUCGAGGGCGGUUUCGAAGAUGAGGCUGAUGAUCUUGAGGACAUCGCUGAGGAGGGCAAAGUUGGAGAGAACGGCGAGGAGACUCCUGCAUUCGUCGACUCACGUGCUUCAUCACGAUCCUACAGACACAGCAAACAAAUCAACGGUGAAGAUAUGACUCCAGAAAUGGAAGCACGCCUCACCAACGGCCUCCGAAAUAGCAAGCGCUACAGCCAGAUGAGCAUCGUCGAUGUUGCCGACCGCCACCUGAGAGACAAGACCGAUGCUAUCGCCCACAUCAUCCGAAACAUCAGCGAGCAAUGUGCCGCCGCCGUUGAAGGCCUUCAACUAGCCCAUGACGCCGAUGCUGAAGCCGAGGAACUCGCCUUGAGCCAAAGCCGCGGCCACCGCUCCAGCAACUUGUCGACAGUCACCGCAAGUGAUGACGGACACUCCAACGGCGGCUCAGAGAACGGAGAUGACAGCCUCCUUCAUCCAAACGGGCGCGCCUCAAGCAUCCCUCCAACCCCAGACCUCAUCCACAACCGCUCAAGCACAUCGAUGUCCAUCUCCAGUGCGACCACAACCCCCGAGCGAAGCAGCCAACAAUACAACAUUGGCACCGACAUCCCGACCAAGAUCGUCGAGGACAGCGACGAGGAGAUCGAGGGCCGAAGUGAAAACGAAGGCAUGAACGGGACCGAGAUCACUAGCAAAGCAGGCCUGGUGCACCGACCUGCUGGCGCCAGACUCAGCGCUCUGGGUGGUCACUAG